CUCUAACAAGUCUUACAGGGCUACACUCUAAGCUAGUGGACAGGCAGGUGAUCAGCUUGCAGAUCUCCUAUUCGGCUCUUCUUGCCAGCUGCUUGGAAAAAAUGUAGGGCAAGUCUAACUUUAACUCUAAAUCUGGAGACUUCUGACUGUAGUGGCUGAUAUCUUACAUGCUUGAGUGAGCCCAGGAUUAAAUACUUCAAAACCAGCAGGAGCUCUGUACUCAGCUGAUAGGAUACCACUACCUAGAUUCCUGUUUUGCAUGACAUUCACUUGUUUAUGACUACUUCUCAGAAAUGUUUAAUAACUUAAAAGGAGCUGAUCCCAGUAUGAACUUUAAAGCAGCAAAUUGGGUGGUGUUGGUGCCAAGUACCAGGUUCUGCUGUUAAAUGUUGUUUUGCCCUUUAUUUUUGUUUUCUCUUUCCCAAGAACCCUCAUGAAGUGCCUUUUUUUUAGGUGCCCCCCCAGCCCUCUACUACAGUUCAAGAUGGGUGAGAAGUUUACCAUUGAGAGUCCAGAUGUGAACUACACCAAGGAUUACAUUGAGGCAGUAUAUCCCUACCAGACUACACGUGUCUAUGAAGACAAUGGAUCAAUUAAGUGUGAUCCUGGUGAUCUCAAGUGGAAGAAUUGUCUGGAAAUCCACUGUUGUGGGUGAAACCGUGUUCUACCAAAUUCACCUUCCGCACAGAGAGAAAGGUGCCAAAACUUGGUGUGAUGCUGGUUGGAUGGGGUGGUAACAAUGGAACAACGGUUACUGCAGCAGUUCUUGCCAACGAGUUGGGACUUUCCUGGAUGACCAAAACAGGAGAGAAGGUUGCUAAUUACUAUGGAUCCUUGUUUCAAGCCUCCACUGUGUGCCUGGGGACUGGUCCUGCUGGUGACGUUUAUGUGCCCUUCAAGGAUCUACUGCCCACAGUGAAUCCAAAUGACAUUGUUUUUGAUGGCUGGGAUAUCUCCUCAAUGAACCUCUCAGAUGCUAUGGUGCGAGCUCAGGUCCUUGAAUGGCAGCUUCAGGAACAGCUGAAGCCUCACAUGAAGAAGUUCCAUCCUCGACCUUCGAUUUACAUUCCAGAAUUCAUUGCAGCUAAUCAGGAGGACAGGGCAGAUAACGUAAUCCAGGGUUCCAAAAAGGAGCAGGUGGAGCAAGUAAGAAAGGACAUCCGGGACUUCAAAGCAAAGAGUGGCGUUGGCAAAGUGAUUGUUUUGUGGACAGCAAAUACCGAGCGCUUUUGUGAUGUCACUUCUGGUGUAAAUGACACAGCAGAAAACCUUAUGAAAACAAUUGAGUAUGGAAGAGAGAUAUCACCAUCAUCCAUGUUUGCUGUGGCUAGCAUUUUAGAGGGCUGUGCCUACAUCAAUGGAUCUCCACAGAACACUUUUGUGCCGGGCGUUGUUGAUCUUGCCAUCAAACACAAGGUUUUUAUCGGAGGUGAUGACUUCAAAUCUGGCCAGACAAAGGUCAAAUCUGUUCUUGUAGACUUCCUUGUCAGCGCUGGGCUAAAGACUGUCUCAAUCGUCAGUUACAAUCACUUGGGCAACAAUGAUGGGAAGAAUCUGUCUGCUCCAGAGCAGUUCCGAUCAAAGGAGAUUUCAAAGAGUAAUGUAGUGGAUGACAUGGUUCAAUCUAAUCCCAUUUUAUAUAAACCAUCUGAGAUGCCAGAUCAUUGUGUUGUAAUUAAGUAUGUUCCAUAUGUUGGAGAUAGCAAACGUGCAAUGGAUGAGUAUACAUCAGAAAUUAUGAUGGGUGGCACUAACACCAUUGUCCUUCAUAACACCUGUGAGGAUUCCUUGCUGGCUAGUCCUCUUAUUCUGGACCUUGUGAUCCUGACUGAGCUUUGCCAAAGGAUAACAUUCAAAACUGAAUUGGAUCCAGAAAUGCAAACAUUCCACAGUGUCCUCUCAAUCCUCAGCUACCUGUGUAAAGCUCCGUUGGUGCCAGAUGGAAGUCCUGUCAUUAACUCUCUUUUCAGGCAAAGGACCUGCAUUGAAAAUAUUCUGAGAGCUUGUCUGGCCCUUCCUCCUCAGAACCACAUGUUCCUGGAACACAAGAUGCAAAGGAGCUUUGUGACUACCCAGAUGACUGGUUACUCUGCAGCUCAACCUAUACCUCACAGAACUGCAAAACUCAAUAACCUCAACAAGAACCAUGUUUUAAAUGGUCACGCUAAUAGACAUUCUAAUUAAAAUUUCAAAGAUAUUGAAGUGCAGACAAUGGCGUAGUAAUGUAACCUCAGGGUUACUUAUUUUUUUGUUUUUGGAUUUUGAUCUCUAAGUUCUGAAUAUAUCUGCUGUUUUAAACCUGUCUCAAACACUGGAAUAUUCUAGUUCAGUUACACUUCCUGUUUGCCACAUCUUAGCCUCGAUGCUGUAGAUCACUUUAUGUAUUUUGCAACAGUUGAAAUUUUUGUCAAGGGUGUUUUAUGUCAAAUAUUUAUGUUGGAAUUAUUGAUCAUAAGGUAUAAGGCAAUUUACUGCCAAAAAUAAGCACAAUCCUGAGGUGUAACCAGAUGCUAGGAACUUAAGAAUAAAAUCCUUCAUCUUAAA